AUGAGCUGCAAUUGGAGAUUACAUGCCUCUCUCCUUCCAGAUGGCACAACAUGGGCUAUUAAGUCCAUUGAGAAUUUAGAACAUACUUGCCAAGGGGUUGAGCUCAGAAAUUCUAUGGUGAAUUGCAAAUGGGCAAAGAGAGUACUUUUAGAUGACAUUAGAGCAAACAAUGACAUCCCUGCAAAGUCAUUGAAUGACCUAUUGUUCCAGAGAUAUGGGGUCAAUAUGGCUCAGUCUACUUUGUACAGAGUCAAAACUCAAGCCUUAGAGGAGAUCCAUGGCAGGCAUGAUGUGUCAUACAAACAUUUGCCAAUGUAUUGUGAUGUCAUCAAAGAGUUAAACACAGGGAGUUUGGCUCACUGUGCAUGGAAAGAUGCAAACCACCCUGAAAGACCUCUGGCAUUUAGCAGUAUUUUUAUUGCCUUCAAAGCUUCAUUGGAUGGUCUCAAAUCUGGCUGCAGAAGUCUCAUAGGGGUGGAUGGAGCUCAUCUCAAAGGUCAUUUUGGUGGAGUGCUUUUGUCAGCAGUAGCCUUGGAUGGUAAUAAUGAGAUCUUUCCAAUUGCUUGGGAAAUUGUGGGAGGAGAGGAUGCUGAAACAUGGAAGUUAUUUAUAUGGAAUUUGAAGAAUGCUUUAAAAGAUAGUGGAAGAGGGGAUGAAUGGUGUAUUAUCUCUGACAGGCAGAAGGGUAUUGAGGCUGCAAUUCUGGAGUGUUGGCCUAAAGUGGGAAGGAGAUACUGCUGCAAACAUUUACUGAAGAAUUUCAAACCACAGUUCCCUGGUUUGUUAAUGUUCUCAUUAUUUUGGUUGGCUUGUGGAGCAUUUAAUCCCUUUAUUUUUAGAAAGGCUAUGGAACGUUUGCAAAAGGCUAAUCCAUUGGUUGUAGUGUGGUUUUCUAAGCUUGGACCACAAUCAGUGUGGUCUAAGCAUGAAUUUAAUCCAGCUAUAAAGUCAGAUGUCAACAAAUCAAAUUUUGUGGAAAGUUUCAACUCCACAUUAGGCCUUGAUAGGUGUCGACCUGUUAUGACAUUGCUAGAAGGUAAUAUUAGUCACUUGCCUAGGAUGGCUACUAGAAGGGAGGCAUGUGAAAAAUGGAGAGGUGAUAUCUGUCCAAACAUAGUUAGAAGACUCCAAGUCAUUAGCGAAGAAUCAAGAUCAUGCAAGUGCUUGGUGAGUGGGGAAGGUGAAUAUGAAGUGUUGGAUGGGAGAUCAGUCUUACCUGUAAAUCUGAGGGCAGGUACUUGUGCUUGUAAUGCAUGGCAGUUGACUGGCUUGCCAUGUAAGCAUGCCAUGAGGGCCAUCUUACACUCACAUGAUGACCCUCAUAAGUAUUGGCCACAAAGUCAGUACCCUGAGAUAGCCCCACCCCAGAUGAAAAGAGGGAUAGGCAGACCUGCAAGAAACAGAAGGAGGGAAGAGGGUGAGCAAGCCAAGGGCAAAAGAUCUAAAACAGUCAGGUGCAGCAAAUGCCAAACCUUUGGCCACAAUGCACAGACCUGUCAAGGUGGAAUGACAGGAAAAGUGAAGGCUGGUUUGCAAGCAACAACAGCAGAAUCAAAGAAAAAGAAAGCUCUAGCAACCUCUUCUCAACCAUUAAGGAAAUCUCCUAGAGGAAAGACUCAAGGUGUUUCUCUCAGCCAACCAGAUCCAGCCCCUGCAUCUUCUUCUCAACCAGUAAGAAGAUCCCCAAGAGCAAAGAAGGCUAUGACUGGUCUGUUUGCAUCACAGCCUGUUCCUUAG